AUGGCCACAUCUGUACCUCUUCUUCAGAAGCUUCCUAACGAACUAUUUCAUAGUAUACUCGACAGGCUUCCGAAUCGGGACUUAAAGAGCCUGCACCUAACAUGUCGCUGUCUCGGCAGCCAAGUAUUAUUACGACUUAACCGCGUUUUCAUCUCGGCAAAUCCGCUCAAUGUCAAAGUCUUUCUCGCUGUCGCUAGUCAUGAGGUGUUCCGUCAGCAAGUCAAGGAAAUCAUCUGGGACGACGCCACCUUUCUCCCUGUUCCAACACAAGGUGACUAUGAUUAUCAUGACACCGAGUUUGGCUACACCUCUGAUGAGGAUGAUAUCAAUAAAAAUCGGAUGACUUAUCCGCCCAAAGGGAAGAUCUCGGGCUGGUUGGUGCAACAGUGUAAAGGCGAAAUCUUCAGCGCAAAGUCCCGGCUGAAAGAAAAGGGCCGAGAUAACGAGCAGCAAAGGCGAGUCGACAAUUUAAUGCCUUCACGAGAAGCGCUUUCUUGUUACAACCGUCUUGUUCAGCAGCAAGACAAUGUCAUCGAGUCUGGCGCCGAUGAGCAAGCUUUCAGAUAUGCUCUGCAGGAACCGCAAUUUCCACAUCUAGAGAAAGUCGCUGUCACUCCUGCAGCACACGGCUUUUUGUUCUUUCCGCUCUACGAGACUCCCAUAAUUCGGGCAUUCCCCUACGGCUUUGUGUAUCCCAUCCAGCGAGGGUGGUCUUGUGCCGGCCAUGUAUAUGAUGAUGCGCCACAGCCUGCGGAGCCAUGGGAAGAUGAGGAGGAAAAAAGAAAAUUGCGAGGAUUUUGCAUUGUCUCGCGGCACCUUGCAGACCCAACGCUCCCUCAUAAUAUCUCUCAGCUUUCCUUCGAUAACAAUAGGCUUACCACCGGGAUCAACCAUCAUAUCUUCGACCAGCCUAAUGAGGAGUACGAUAAUCUCUGCCGGACGCUUGAGCGACCAGGGCUCAAAAGCUUUACAUUAUCUCUAGCCAUGGGAUACCUAUCAGGUUGUGAUGCUGAAGAUCUGAUUGCCGGAGCACAUGCCCUUGAGGAAAUAACCUUACAAAGCGACUAUCCGGUGGACAUGACAUGCUGGGAAGCUCCAGCAUUGGAUUCUAUCUCCCUUUUCGACAUAUUCCCCGUUGACCAAUGGUCGAAUGGUAGUCUCAAGCACUUUGGUCUCUCUGGGAUGCAGGUAAUCCAGGAUGAUCUAAUAUCCCUCCUUGGGAAACUGCCGCCUACACUCGAAUCUAUUGAACUGAGUUUUCUCUCAAUAAUAGAGGGAACAGGUCAUUACGCUGGGAUCCUUGCUGGUAUCCGAGAUAAAUUGGGCUGGAGACAUCGCCCUAUCGACAAACGAAUCAGAGUAUGCGUUCUUGUGAGGCUUGAUCAGACGGACCCCGGAAAUUACACAUGUCUUGACAAGGAAGUCGACGGUUAUCUCUACGGUAGUGGCCCCCCGCCGUUUGGUGUUAACGAACAGGGCGGUGGGUAUGCUGAGGUUGACUUUGGGAAUGGCAUGCAGUAUGAUGAGUUCGAUCCAGACUUUGCUCGACCUUACAGAUGA